AAAGCUUGGAGCCUGACUCCUUCCACACAUGAUCAUGAUGGUUCAGGUUUAGAUCACCUGGUGAGGUAAUGUGACUCUGAGAUAGGUGGUGGUGAUAAGUAAGGUUCAGGUUCCUACAAUAUAGGAUCCGCUCAGCGUAUAUCUUCUAUAUAAGAUCAUUCUCCUGAUUUACCCUUCAAGGAUGGAUAUGGAUGUGGACAAGAUGGCAGAGAGUAUAAUAAAUCUCACCCUAGAGAUCCUCCUCCGGCUUACUGGAGAGGAAUACACAGUAGUGAAGAAGACCUCUAGUGAGCAUUGUCAGGCCCCGGUAUCUGAAGGACGGGGAGGAAUCCUGAGCCCAAUAUCCAGGCCGACACCUCACAUCCCGAUACAUGAGAAAGUCAACAGAGAGAAGAUCCUAGAGCUCACCAACAAGAUCAUUGAGCUGCUGACUGGAGAGGUUCCUAUAAGGUGUCAGGAUGUCGCCGUCUAUUUCUCCAUGGAGGAGUCUGAAUAUUUAGAGGGACAUAAAGAUCUGUACAAGAACGUUAUAAUGGAGGAUCACCAGCCCCUCACAUCAUCAGUUAUAGAAGAGAGAACAACGCUGGAGAGAUGUCCUAGUCCUCUUCUUCCACAGGAUGAUUCAGAAGAACAUCAAAAUGUCCAAUAUGAUGAUCAGGUAGAUGAAGAUAAGCUUUUAAAUCUGGGUAAAGAUCUGAACAAUAUUAAGGCUGAAGAUACAUAUGUGAGGGGUGAUGAGCAGAUUAUAGAGGACAUUCCCACCGAUAACCACCCAGAGUCAUCAUACGAUUGUUGGCCGGCGACUUUUUCACAAAGUGAAAGCGGGACAACGAAACCAAAGUCCGCCCAGUCAAGCGACCAUUCGUUCCAGCAGCUCCCGCUGACAACUCACAAUGACUGUACCAGGAGCUCAGAGAAACAUGUGAUGUCAGAUAUUACAACAGAUGAUUGUGGUGUCACAGAAGAUACACAUGAAGAGCAUGCCAUUAUCUCAGACGUAUCCUCAGCCUUGCACAGCAAAGAUCUAUCAUCCGAUCCUUUGGAUGAAUUUCAAUCUUCUGAUUCAUCACAAACUGUUAAGCAAAAUAAAAGCCACAGAAAAAGUGUUCAUCAUCAAAGAAGUCAUACAGGGGAGAAGCCAUUUUCAUGUUCAGAAUGUGGGAAAUGUUUUCAGCUGAAAUCAAAUCUUCUUAAGCAUCAGAGAAUUCACACAGGGGUGAAGCCAUUUUCUUGUUUAGAAUGUGGGAAAUGUUUUCUGCAGAAAUCACAUCUUCUUAACCAUCAGAGAAUUCACAAAGGGGCAAAGAUAUUUUCUUGUUUAGAAUGUGGGAAAUGUUUUACUGAUAAAUCAAAUCUAGUUACACAUCAGAGAAUUCACACAGGGGUGAAGCCAUUUUCUUGUUUAGAAUGUGGGAAAUGUUUUCUGCAGAAAACACAUCUUCUUAACCAUCAGAGAAUUCACACAGGGGCAAAGCCAUUUUCUUGUUUAGAAUGUGGGAAAUGUUUUACUGAUAAAUCAAAUCUAGUUACACAUCAGCGAAUUCACACAGGGGAGAAGCCAUUUUCAUGUUCAGAAUGUGGGAAAUGUUUUAGCCAAAAAUCAAAUCUUGUUAUGCAUGAGAAAAAGCACACAGGGGAGAAGCCAUUUUCAUGUUUAGAAUGUGGGAAAUCUUUUACUGAUAAAUCAAUUCUUGUUAUACAUCAGAGAAUUCACACAGGGGAGAAGCCAUUUUCAUGUUCAGAAUGUGGGAAAUGUUUUAGCCAAAAAUCAAAUCUUGUUAUGCAUGAGAGAAAGCACACAGGGGAGAAGCCAUUUUCGUGUUUAGAAUGUGGGAAAUCUUUCACACAGAAAUCAUCUCUUACUAUACAUCAGAGAAUUCACACCCUCCUACCUCGCUCUGCCCAGCGCGUCCCCAUCGCCAUCUUGGAUCCUGGAUUGCCCGGCUGCCUGCGUUCAGUCUCUGCGAACCUGGGACUGUUGCCUGACCUCACCUGUCUUAGGCAUGACAUUGAUAAAAUCAGUGACAGGACCACUGAAGUGGAGCGGAGACUGGGUGAAGUGGAGGAUGUGGCCCAUCAGGGAGAGAACCAAGUCAGAGCCCUGCAGCAACAAGUGAGGGCCUUGCAGCCAAAAGUGGAAGAUGCCGAAAAUAGGCGAAAUAACAUACCCUCCUUUGUCGUUGAAAGAGCACAUAGAAUUCCUUUCAAACCCUUGCCGCCGGGUGCUCCGAUGCCCCCCUUCAUAUUGAGAGUUCUGAAUUAUGGGGGCCGUGAUGCCAUCCUGGCGGCAGCCCGUCAGUUACAGGACAUCAAAUUUGAAAACUCCAGGAUUUCGUUCUACCCGGACUUUUCCUCGGAGGUCCAAAAAUUACGACGCCAAUUUACAGCGGUGAGGGCUUGUCUGAGGGAAAAAGGCUUCCGAUAUGCUAUGUUGUAUCCGGCUCGUCUCAGGAUCCAGGAUGGAGAUUCUGUUAAAUUCUUCACUACUCCGGAGGAGGCCUCGGACUGGCUGGACGGGAAAGGCUGA